UUUGUCAUUUACCUUCCCUCCACGGAAAUCCCCAAAUUCUAUUCCAACUUCCCUUCUCCAAUUUUCCCUCUUUUUUUUCGCUCAAAUUUAAUCAAUCCCCCAAAAUCUUCCCUUGAAAUUCUUUGAAAAUUCGUUAAAUUUCCCUUUCUUGGUUUCGAUUCAGAUUUUUUGUUAGCUAAUGGACCUCUCCUUAAUUUGCGAUACGCUAACAGUGGCCACUUCCCAAGGCCUAGGGUUUGCGAAAUUGAUUCUCGACCGCCACCAUUACUUCGCUGGAAACGGUUGCCUUUCCCUCUCCUCUGAGUCAUCAGCCGAUAAUCUCGGCAUCCUCCACGUAACCGCGACAAUCGUCCCCGUGGACGUUGUCGCGCCUCCACCCGUCAAGCCGAACUCCUACAAGACGUUACCUCGAACUCUCCUUCGAAGAAAGCGGCGCACCAAGCGGACGUCAUUCAGCGGCGGUGAGCCCAACGACGGCGAAGAUUACGGAUUCUUCUUCGCGAGUGAUGGUGGCGAUGGAUACGGUCCGUUCGGCGGUGGCGGUGGUGGUGGUGGGGGAAGCAGUUGGGGUGGGAGUGGUUGGAAUUUUGGAGAGUUUGGAGGGCAAAAUUGGGAUGAAUCGUCGUCGUCAUCGUCUCCGUGGACUGGUACGGCUUUGGAUUUUGUUUAUGAGGUGAUUUGCUGGAUCGCGUUGUCGAAUUGCGUGCAUUUUGCCUUUAAGAAGGUGAUUAGAAUUGUGGCAAAUGGGAUCGAGGAUGCUGGGGACAGGGAGAAGGUUCCGAUGAGAUUGGCUUCCGUUUGCUGAUUUGGAGAUUAAUUGGGUAUUCCAAAAUCUCUGCCUUGUUAUGUUUCCAAUUCAAGUUCAAUGUACAUAUAAUUGUAUAUACUCAUUGUUUAUAAUUACAACGUUUACUAGCUAUUCUCAUUGUAGCUGUGAUUAUUGCUUCGGCUGCUUAUUUGGUUUGAAGAAUGCAAUGGCAAUGCUGUUGAAUUGAUUGUUGAAAAA